AUGAGACAAAACUGGAGUCGGAGGGACAACAUGUUCAAAUCGGAACUUCGACUUCUAAACGCCUAUUUAUAUUCAGAUUUCAUCGCCGUCACAACAACAAUACAGUAUAAAACUGGCCAGCCAGCAUACUGUCGAUAUUUCGACUGUAAUCAGGUUGAAAUUCCAAAUUCCACGUGGCAGUCGUCGUUUUUCCCAUUGAAUACUGUAUACUGUGUGCGGAGAGCCGGAGUAAAAUUUGUGUCAAUUUCUUUGGAAAAUGACGAAAAUUUUGAAAAACCGCCGAUUCCGCUGAUCUACAGAGUGUUUGAAGAACCAAUUCAUGAGAUUGGAAUGUGUGUUGGACCAUUUUAUGGUCCCGAAAAACGAUGGUUGACACUUAUUGAGUUUGUGGAGCACAUGAGAAUUUAUGAAGUUUCCAUGUUCUAUUUCACCAUUUUCGACCUAGACGGGUAUUCCCGUCUUGCUUUGGAUGAGUAUGAGAAUCAGGGAAUCGCAGAAACUACAGUAAUCCAAACGGACCGUUCCCAUUCUAAAUGGGUCAUUAACGCCGACAUUGACGAGCGAUUCGUGAUGCUCCACCCGGACCUCACCCUCUCCGGAUUGCUCAGCUCUCAACCCGAAAACGUCGGAGAGCUUAAUUUCCAAGCACAACGCAUUCAAAAAUCUCAAAAAUCCCCGGAAAAAUUUGUCAAUCUUCUAGAAGCAAUAGCUAAUUUGGAAGCUUUGAAAUUUCGAAAAACCGCAAAAACGAAAAUUUGGGAAUCUUCGAAAAGUAUUUAUCGGCCGGAGAAGGUUGCAGUGCAGACCUAUCAUCAUUCCCAUCUACAGUAUCCCGAGAUAAUUGUAAAAAAUGUGCCACGUGAUGUCGCCUAUUUUAGACACUACCGCGUCACCAGCGUCAGCAAUAGUAUCGGAAAUGGAUGGAUUUAUGGUGACAAUUUCACGGAUACUGGCCUAGAAUCGGAAUUGGAAAAGUUACUAGUCCACAGGGUAGCCAAUAUGGUGGAACAUGUUUAUGGCUAA